GCAAACGACUCGACGAGCUCCGGAGAACAAUAUGAGACGAAAUGCCUGCUUUUGUUUGAAGCAUGCAAGAAGGGCGAUCUACAAGGAAUGUUGAAGUAUUUGAACGCGAAAAAUGUUGAUGAAGUGGAUGUAAAUGGACGACAUUCAACGCCACUGCAUGUAGCCGCAGGAUUUGGUCGUUUGGAGUUGGUGGAGAAGCUGAUAAGUUUGGGUGGUGAUAUAUCGAAACGUGAUGAUAUUGGCCUACAACCGCUGCAUAAUGCGUGUUCAUUUGGGCAUGUGGAUGUGGUGAGAUUAUUGAUUGACUCGGGUGCGUGUGUGAAUUCAUCUGACAAUUGGGGUUUUACUCCGCUUCACGAAGCAGCUUCAAAGGAUAAGGCAGACGUAUGCGUUUUAUUGCUUCAAUAUGGUGCGUCGCCGUACGCUGAGAACUCGGAUAGUAAAACGCCAAUUGAACUAGCCCGAGGCGAUGCAAAAACUGUUUUCACGGGUGAUUAUCGAAAAGAAGAGUUAUUGGAGGCAUCGCGUAAUGGAUGUGAGUUGACAGUUUCGAGACUCUUAACUAGAUUCAACGUGAGUUGCCAUGCUGAUCAAGGACGCAAGUCAACACCAUUACAUUUGGCAGCUGGUUAUAAUCGAGUGAAUUUAGUGGAACUUUUGUUAAAUAGAGGUGCGGACGUUCACGCUAAAGAUAAAGGUGGUUUGGUACCAUUGCAUAACGCGUGUUCAUUUGGCCAUAUAGAAGUGGUGAAACUUCUAUUGAAGGCCGGCGCACGAUUACGAAUAUUACUGAAAGAACGUGAUGCCAAUUUUGUACAUCCGUUCAAAAUGGAAUAUCCAUUACAUGCGAUCGUACGCAGUAAACAACACGUGCAGCGAGCUGCAGCAACUGAAUUACUGAUCGAGAAGGGAUGCCCUGUUGAUUGUUUCAAUAAUGAUCAAUUGACAGCGUUGCAUUUGGCAUUCGAGCAUAAUGCACUGGACGUGGCAGUUGUUCUUCUAAAGAAUUGGGCUGCGGUCGAUAAACUCACCCCGCAAUCACGUAAUAUUCUGCACAUUGCAGCUGCAAACAAUAAUUUAGAAUUGUGCAAACUUGCGUUGAGCUAUGGUAUUCAAGUGGACGUUCGAGAUAAGAAUGGGCAACUGGCUAUUGAUUUGGCCCAGUCGACGGUAGUUCGUAAAUUCUUACGGGGAUAUAUAAAACCGUCGGUUGGUGAUGUCGUUCUAUCAUCUUCGUUACGAACGCUAUCGCCAGAUCGUGCAACCACUCAACCUGUUCUUCAGUCACAACAGAUAAAUAAUAAUAAUAAUAAUAAUAAUAAUAAUAAUAAUAAUAAUGAUUCAACAAGCACCAAUACCAACACACCACCUCAUGUGCCCAAACAAAAUUCUACAGAUGAGAAUGAUAAUAGUCAUGCAAAAAUUCAUAAUUUCAAUGGCGCUAUAACGACAAGACCUCGAGAAGAGGCUGAUCUGUUGGAGGCAGCAAAAGAUGGAGAUCUACUCCUUGUUAUGGAGCUUUUGGAUGCGACGAACAAUCGCAUAAUAAAUUGCAAAGAUGUUGAUGGACGGCACUCAACACCGUUGCAUUUUGCAGCUGGUUACAAUCGAGUUCAGGUGACUCGUUUAUUGUUGGAACGAGGUGCGGACGUGAAAGCACUGGAUACUGGUUGGUUGAUUCCUUUGCACAACGCAUGUGCUUAUGGGCAUUUGGCUGUAGCGGAGUUGUUGAUUGAGUAUGGAUCUGAUGUGAAUGCAGUAGAUCGUUGGAAAUAUACACCGUUGCAUGAGGCGGCUUUGAAGGGACGUUUCAAAAUCUCGAAGUUAUUAAUUUUAAAUGGUGCAGAUCCAAAGAAGAAAGGUCGCGAUGGGAAAACGCCUCUUGAUGUUGUUAAAGAAGGUGCUGAAGAUGUUGCUGAUCUAUUGCGCGGUGAAGCAGCCGUACUGAAAUUUGCAAAAAAAGGUGAUGUAGAGAAAAUGAGAAAAAUUUUAACACCAAUGACAAUAAAUUGUCGUGAUACAAACGGUCGCUUCUCAACACCAUUACAUUUGGCGUGUGGUUACAAUAAUAUCGAUGUGGCACGUCUGCUUUUGGAGAAUGGUGCAGAGGUGAAUGCACAAGAUAAAGGCGGUUUAAUUCCGUUGCAUAAUGCAAGUAGUUAUGGACAUCUGGAGAUUGCAGCGCUGUUGAUUGAACACGGCGCGAAUAUUGAUCAGCGAGAUAAAUGGGGUUUCACACCACUUCAUGAGGCUGCGCAGAAGGGACGCACGCAAAUAUGUUCACUGUUACUGAGUCAUGGCGCUAACGUAUAUGCCGAAACGCUUGAAGGCCAUCUGGCGAUCGAUUUCGCAAACGCAGCUGAUACAAAGCAACUUCUAAAGGCCGUGAAGAAAUGUAUUCAGGACGCAAUGCCGACCAGUUUUACGCAAUUACCAAAUGUGCAUAUAUUGGGGCCUCAUGGAAGCAAUAACGAUAACCGAAAAAGUCAUCAUCUUUGUAAUCUGAGAAUAGCGACAGCAGGAGAUAAUAAUGAUAAGGAUGAGGAUCAUGGCAGUAGCGAUAAGGAUGAUGAUAUUCUUAAUAAUAGUGAUAAGGACGGAAAUGGUGAAUUGAACGACAACGACGAAGAGAAGCAAGAAGACGACUCUGAGCAAGCAAAAGAUACUGACAUUCAACUAGAAAUUGAUGCUGAACAGAUGCUCGAUGAACAGCUGAGUGACGAUUAUCAGACAAGCGCGACAUCUUCGUCUCAAAUGGCAACAACUCACAAAUCUCAGUUAUUUGCCCAUCAAAGAAUGCGUCAGUUUCUUGCCUCAUUAUAUCUGUCACAUCUCGAACCGCUUUUCAUACAAGAAGCAAUCACAGUCGACUUGUUAGCAAAUAUGUCACAUGAAGAUCUCAAAAAUAUUGGUAUUCAAGCGUAUGGAACACGUUUUGCAUUGCUAAAAAAUGCCGAGCAGUGGAUGCGAGGAAAUGCAGCUGGUUGUUCAUCGGUGGUUAGCAAUAAGAAUGCUAAUGCAGUAACCAACGCGACAUCAUCAGUAUUAAACACGAAGCCAUCAUCAUCACAUGAAUAUUUUCAUGGUACUAUCCUGGUACCGUUGUGUUCAUGGCAUCAAGAAUUCCGUAGAGUUGAGGAAGGUGUUAAUGAUACGCUUGUGCUACAUAAUGAUUCCACUGGGCUUGGUGGCAUCUAUACCAGAUUUGAAAUUGUUGAAAUACAAAAGGUGCUCAAUAAAAAACUACGUGAAAAAUAUAUGCGUCGUCGUGCGGAUAUAGCUGAAGAGAAUGAUGGUGAAGCAAACGAGAAGAUGCUUUAUCACGGUUCACCGUUCAUUCACUCGAUCGUGGAGAAAGGCUUUGAUGAGCGUUAUUCAUAUAUGGGUGGAAUGUUUGGAGCUGGCAUCUAUUUCGCGGAACAUUCAAGUAAAAGUAAUCAGUAUGUGUAUGGUAUUGGUGGAACGGGCUGCAACAGCCAUAAGCAACGAUCUUGUUACGAAUGCAUUCGCUAUCUGCUGCUGUGUCGUGUGGCACUUGGCAAAUGUUUUGUUCAUACAACAUCAAAUAAAAUGGCUCACUCACCGCCAGGUCAUCAUUCGGUUAUGGGGCAGCCAUGCGCCGGUGGCUUGAACUAUCCGGAGUAUGUUAUCUAUCGUGGCGAACAGGCAUGCAUAUUUUUGCCUAUCCUGAAUACGUGA